UGUUGAGUGUGAGCCGUGGAGAGCCGGACACUGUUGAACAAGCCGAGACUUAAGCGUUUAUGUGCUUCCAGGCAUAGAACAAAAUAUGCUGCGUGCCUUGAGACCUGUCAGGUGUGGGCUGCACGCUACCUGUCUGCAGAACUACAUCACUCAGUGGGACAAGUCGUCUUUAAAAUGGCUUACAAAAGGCCUGCGUACCGCACCAACAGAAGCUGUGGCGCAAGACGCAAGGGUGAAUACAGCUGCGGGUGGACGCACAAACAACAGCAGCAGGAAUCAAGAGGUUAGACCAUUUGCCUCAAUACCAGGACCGAAGCCCCUGCCGCUUCUGGGUAAUCAGCUCUUCUUCACAACUAUGGGUGGCUGCCCAGUAGAAAGGUACUGGGAGAGUGUACAAGGUAUCUACAAGAAGUAUGGCCCUGUGGUGAAGGUGGAGCGUUUCUCCGGCAGCCUGGACAUGGUGAUGGUGUUCCGGCCAGAGGACACCAGGAAAAUGUUUCAGGCAGAGGGAGUGUACCCAGUGCGUCCAGGCCUUGGCAUCCUCACCCACUACCGAGCCAAGCGUCCUCAGUGGUUCACCUCUCCCGGCCUGGUCCCAGGGAACGGGCCAGAAUGGCGCCGCCUACGUAGUGCCAUCCAUCCCUUGCUUCGACGAGAGGUAAUUAACGCCUACCGCCCAGCUCAGACUGAAGUUGCCAACGAUCUGGUUCGCUUUAUUCGUGCCAGUAAUGAACAAAACACCAAACAACAUCCCUCAAGAUACAUAAUCUUCGACACUCUUAGUAUUCUUUUUAACUACACUUUAGAAGCCGUUGCCGUGGUGUCUCUGGGUAUGCGUCUAGGCUGCCUCGCUUCCACUUCCACCAACCACCAAGCCCAAAGUAUCAUCAGAGCGAACAUAGAGACAUUGACUGUGCUCUGGGAGUCAAUGCUUCAACUGCCGCUAUACAAAUUGUUUCCAACCCGAGGUUACCGCAACCUGUGUGCUGCUCAGGACACCAUCUGCAGGCUAGUGAAUAUGGAGGUAGGUCGACGAAGAGAGGAGCUGGCCUUGGAUCCUGAAGGAUUUACCCAGCGACAACCCUUCCUGGCAAGUCUUAUGAGCAAUCCUGACCUGUCCUCGCAAGACGUCUUCCUCCUGCUGGUUGAGGUCUUACAGGGUGGUAUAGAUGCGACCGCCACCACUCUUGGGUUCUGUCUUUACUUUCUGGCCGGCCAUCCUUCCGUUCAAGACCAGCUGCUGAAAGAGGUGCAGCACGUCCAGCCCGAAACCCACACUCUUCAGGGUUUGCCAUACCUGCGGGCUGUGGUGCAGGAAACACUUCGGUUGCGUCCUUCCUCCUCCGCUCGUAGCAGGGUUAUUCAGGAAGACACGAUUGUAUCCGGCUAUUUUGUGCCCGCUGGGACCUUCAUCAUUUCGCCACCUAAUGUUGCAUGUCACGAUCCACAAACCUUCCCGGAGCCUGACAAAUUCAAGCCUGAUCGCUGGCUAUUCAAGAAACGUGGCAGUGCUUUGAACACAACUGAUGCAUUAUCCACGCUCUCUGACAUUGAGAACAAGGCAGCUGAAGAAAAGAUUGACCCCUAUACAGUAGUGGCCUUUGGUCAUGGAGCCCGAAUGUGUCCUGGCAGGCGUCUGGCAGAACAGGAAAUUCAUCUGGCUCUCAUACAGCUUGUCAAAUCCUACAAAAUGGAAUUGGCUGAGCCAGGAAAGGUUGUGGGACAAGUGAUGAGGCUCAACAUGAUGCCCGACGCCCACCUGGCUAUCGCCUUCACACCGCGCUAAACUUGGCUACAUACCAUUGAUUUCUCUGCAGAUAUGUGUCAUACUGGAAAUAGAUCUUUAUAGCUACUUCAUCUGUCCAAUCUCGUGGUGUUAUAUCUGAACGGACCUACUAGAGCUGCUUAUAAUCACAUCGUGAAAUGUUUAUACAAAAGAGAAACUUGUUCCUUGAAGUUUGCAGCUAUUUUAGUAGAUGGCACGACGAAAUUGUAGAUCAGAACUGCCAUGGACGAAAAACAAACAAAAAUAACUGGAAUUUAACACUGAUUUUUCACAAGGACACACACACACACACACACACACACACACACACACACACACACACACACACACACACACACACACACACACACACAGCA